UUCAAUCUCGCGAAACGAAGAAACAUCCGACGCAACAACGUAGCUCCAGACAACUCGCAUAAGCCAUUACACCCAGCACCAGGCCGAUAGUAUGCCCUUCGCCUCAGAGCUCGAGGCCUACCGGCGCGAUGAACGUCUAGGCCAUAAGCUCAUGACGCCUGAGGAACGGCUACGGCUGAUCCGGCCCUACCUCCCUUCACCACCGUCGCGUUCUAGGUCUCGAUCACGAACGGAAAAGGGCACCUCGAAGACACAAAACGAACAAAAGGCCAGGCUCGGCGUCCGACGCUUCCUGCGACGCCAAUACCAUGUCCUCGUCUUCACAUUGAUCCACGUUUUCUUCUCGCUCUACAUCCGCAUCCGACAGGCUUACCAUGCGGUCGCGAACCGGAUACACUUGGUCUACUACCACCACCACCGCACCCCCGAGCUGAUACGGCGCGACGUCAAGGGGCUCCGCCGGCUACCGAAGCACCUGAGUGUUAUCCUGACAUUGGAGGACCAGCGACGGAGCGGUGCAGGGCUGGAAAAGCUGAUCAACGAGGUGACCAAUGUUGCGGCAUGGUGCGCUAGCGCCGGCAUUCCCCAGCUGUCGAUAUACGAGAAGACGGGCAUUCUCAAGGGCUACCUCAAAGACACUCACCAGGCCAUCUCUCAAGAGAUGCACGCCUACUUUGGGCCCAACCACCCCACGGUGAGCCUCGGCGCGCCGCAUAUCCCCCCUCUCGAGUCGGACGCCCUCUUCGACGGGAGAGACCACCACGGCAGCGGCAGCAGCAGCGACGAGGACGAGGAGCCGAGGAAGCACAUCUCGAUCGUGCUCAUCUCGGCCGAGGACGGGCGGGAUUCGAUGGUGGACCUGACCAAGACGCUGGCCGAGAUGUCGCAGCGUAAGAAGCUCAACCCGGCCGACAUCACCCCGGAGCUGGUCGACGCCGAGCUGACCGAGAGCGUCAUGUCGGAGCCCGACCUGCUCAUCCUCUUCAGCCCCCACGUCGAGCUCGCCGGUUACCCGCCGUGGCAGAUCCGCCUCACCGAGAUCUUCCACGUCAGGGACAACCAGGGCGUCGGGUACCAGGUGUUUUAUAAGGGGCUGCGCAAUUUUGCUGAGGCGCAAAUGCGGAAGGGGAGAUAAUUUUGAGCAUGUGAGGUGUGGGUGUUAGGGAUUCUAGAGCAAGUUGAAAUUUUGAGGCGUUUUCUGUCGAUACAAGCGGCAUCCCCCUACACAUCCUAUAGACCAAAGGGGGUUGCCAGUUUCUUUAUCAAUACAUCGGUGUCUUGAUUUUACACGAUUCCUCUUCCACGAACUCACUUUCACUCGUAUAAUCAGGCUGUUGCAAGGCCUCGGGGGUGACAGCACGGGGUACUAUGGCUUCAACACACGGCAAUGUGUGAACAACACCUACGUUGAUACGACGAGAUGGGACGGCAGGGGCAUGACAACAAUAGGAGACUCGGACUUGUUCAUCUGAACUUGGAGAACACUCGCAUUUGAUUGGCUAGUUUAUC